GCGCGCGCAUUAUAGCACACGCACACAUACACACACACUGACUGGAGAGUCUGGCGCACUCGCUCAUGCCAGGAAGUUGUUGGUAUUCGGGGAAUAACAAAGAAAAAAAACAGGUAUAUUAAACACAUCGAAACUACACGAGGUGGAUCUGUGUAACAUAUAUGGGAUCUGGGUAUGAACUGGAGGACUAUUAACUAAUGGAGGACUAAUCGAUGGAGGCGGACAGAAGUUUUGGGCUCGUCUGGGUCCUGCUGCUGCUGUUGGGUAUUACAGCCGCUACAGGGAGAGAAGUAUGUCUCGGGACAGAUAUGAAGCUGGCUUUACCCUCCAGUCUUGAGAAUCAUUAUGAGAUGCUCAGGCUCCUGUACACGGGCUGUCAAGUGGUUCAUGGUAACCUGGAGAUCACUCAUCUGCAGGGAACUCCAGACCUCUCCUUUUUGCAGGAGAUUGUGGAGGUUCAGGGGUAUGUGCUGAUAGCUCACGUCUCAGUGCGUUCGGUUCCUCUGGACAAUCUGCGGAUCAUACGAGGCAGUCAGCUGUAUAACUCCAGCUAUGCUCUCGCAGUACAUGACAAUACCCACCUAAGUCAGGUGGGACUCGGCCUGAGAGAACUACGCCUCAGGAGUCUUACAGAAAUCCUGCUUGGUGGGGUUUAUAUUUGGGGAAAUCCUCAACUUUGCUUUCCUCGGAAUAUUAAUUGGGAAGACACUGUUACUAAAGUUCAAAACAAACCGUUGCACCUGGAAGACAUUCCAAAGAACUGUCCUCUUUGUUCUUGCUGUGUGGGUCUGGUGGAUGCUUGGGGAGAAACAAAUCAGGACUGCCAAAUAUUGACCUCUGUGCAGUGCUCAUCUGGCUGUUUGCGCUGUAAAGGUCCAAAACCUAAUGAUUGCUGUCAUGUGCAGUGUGCUGCUGGGUGCACGGGGCCGAAAGACUCUGACUGUCUGGCCUGUCGUCACUUUAAUGACAGUGGGACGUGUAAAGACAACUGCCCUCGCCCAACCAUCUACGACCCAAUCACCUUCCAAUCCAAACCCAACAAGGACAAAAAGUUCAGUUUUGGAGCCACAUGCGUCAAACAGUGUCCCCAUAACUAUUUGGCAAUGGAAGUGGCGUGUACAAUGGUCUGUCCUAAAGCUAACAAGGAAGUCAUCACUGUCGAACCAGAUGGACUAGAAACACAGAAAUGUGAAAAGUGUGAAGGAGAGUGUCCAAAAGUGUGUUAUGGACUAGGUAUGGGAAACCUUCAGGGGGUGACAGUGGUGGAUGCCACCAACAUUGGCAUGUUCGUUGGCUGUGAGAAGAUCUACGGCAGUCUGGCUUUUCUUUCAGACUCCUUCAAAAUAAAUGCAGUUUCCAAUUCAACUGGACUGCAGUUGAGUGACCUGGAGAAGCUGAAGUCAAUACAAGAAAUCACAGGAUAUCUGUACAUAGAUGCAUGGCCAGAUUAUUUGGAUGAUCUGGGUGUUUUUGAGAACUUGAAAGUUAUCAGAGGAAGAAUGCUUUACAAGGGUGUUUUGUCUUUGGGAGUUCAGUCUUUACAGAUCGAGUCUCUCGGGUUGCGGUCCUUGCGCAGUGUCAGUGGAGGUUUAGUACUGAUUCAUAAUAACUCCAGACUGUGCUACACCUCCUCUCUGCCCUGGAACUCUCUGCUCCACCCCGCACAGGGACCCAACCUCAUUAGAAGCAACAACCAAGACCAGCAAACAUGUGUUUCACAGGGAAGAAUCUGUGACCCCCUGUGUGCGGAUGCAGGCUGCUGGGGGCCGGGACCCAGUCAGUGUGUGUCGUGUGUGAAUUACAAACGUGGGACGGAGUGUGUGGAGCAGUGUAAUGUCCUCCAGGGGUCAGUCCGGGAGUUUGUUGAUGGAUUUAACUGCGUUCCUUGCCAUCCAGAGUGUCGACCAGUCAACGGUUCUGCCUCCUGUACAGGCCCAGGUCCAGAUCAGUGUAAGGAGUGUAUGCACUUUCAAGAUGGAGACGUGUGUGUCGAGCGCUGUCCUAGUGGGGUGAAAGAAGACCAGCACACAGUGUGGAAGUACUUCAAUGCUACAGGACACUGUCUGCCCUGCGAGACCAACUGCACCGUCUCGUGUCCAUUAGAUGAUAGGGGGUGCCCCAUCCAACAGAAAACUGGGCCUGGGACAACAGUCGCAAUCACAAUUGGUGGAGUGUUUCUCUUUAUCAUUUUGCUGGCACUGCUGGUGUUUUACCUGCGACGACAGAAACACCAGAAAAAGAAAGAAAACCUGAGGAGAAUUCUACAGGAGCAUGAGCUGGUGGAGCCACUGACCCCGAGCGGAGCGAUGCCGAACCAGGCUCAGAUGCGUAUUCUCAAGGAGACAGAGCUGAAGAAACUCAGAGUGCUGGGCUCUGGAGCCUUCGGCACAGUCUAUAAGGGUAUAUGGGCUCCUGAUGGGGAGAACGUCAAGAUCCCAGUGGCCAUCAAAGUUUUGCGUGAGAACACCUCGCCCAAAGCCAACAAAGAAAUCUUGGAUGAGGCAUAUGUGAUGGCAGGUGUAGCGAGCCCAUAUGUGUGCCGCUUGCUAGGCAUCUGUCUGACAUCAACGGUUCAGCUGGUUACCCAGCUCAUGCCAUACGGAUGCUUGUUGGACUACGUCAGAGAGAACAAGGACCGCAUCGGCUCUCAGUACCUCAUCAACUGGUGUGUACAGAUUGCAAAGGGAAUGAGUUACCUUGAAGAAGUGAGGCUGGUUCACAGAGACCUUGCAGCUAGGAAUGUUCUAGUCAAAAACCCAAACCAUGUGAAGAUUACAGACUUUGGGCUUGCCAGACUGCUGGACAUAGAUGAGAAGGAGUACCACGCCGAUGGGGGGAAGGUGCCAAUCAAAUGGAUGGCGCUGGAGUCCAUAUUACACAGGAAGUUUACUCACCAAAGUGAUGUAUGGAGCUACGGGGUGACUGUAUGGGAGUUGAUGACCUUUGGCAUGAAGCCAUAUGACCUCAUACCAGCACGGGACAUUCCAGAACUACUGGAGAGGGGAGACAGACUCCCCCAGCCGUUAGUCUGUACCACUGAAGUCUACAUGAUCAUGGUCAAUUGUUGGAUGAUCGAUCCUGACAGUCGGCCCCGAUUUAAGGACCUUAUGGAGGAAUUUACCGCCAUGUCACGUGAUCCCCCACGUUAUGUAGUCAUCCAAAAUGACGAUCAGAUGAGUCUGUCGUGUCCUAUUGAUAGUGAGUUCUUCCGCAUUCUGAUGGCAGAGGAGGGGGGGAAUGUGAAGGAGUUACUAGAUGCGGAAGAAUACCUGGUGCCUCAGCCCGGUGGCAUCUUCAGCACACAAGGAGAAAUGAGAGCCAAUGGACCCAGCAGACACCACUCUCACAGGAGUACAGACCAAGGUUUAGAGGUGGAUGGUAUGCCAAGCGGCAGGGAUUUGUACUCCUCCGUCAGCAUGCUGGGGCAGAGUCAGUACCCAACUCUUCCUGUUGGGGCAACAGCCAAUGCCAUGUGGUCUGGGACACAGUACCAACCUCUAGCAAGGAGCAUAUCACACCGUUCCGCUGGAGGCCAAUCGGACUCUGUGUUUCUGGACGGUUACGUGGAGGACAACUGCCCUCCAUCCAGUCCUUGUCGUUAUUCUAAAGAUCCCACUGUCCCCAACGGCAUAGAUGGAGAGCUGGAGACCUGGAGAGAUGGAGCUGAUGGCCCUAUUGGUUUUAUUUCACACACACUGCCACGUGGAGCGCACACACAACCUGAGUAUGUGAACCAGGACGUCCCAUCAGAGCGUCCCAGCACGCUUCCACGCAAAGCGAACGAGAGGAGAUUCAUUAACGGUCUUUGUACAGGGAACAGUGUGGAGAAUCCACAGUACCUGGUGCCUAUGAGCAACAUCCCACCCACUUCGCCCGCCUUCGACAACCCCUACUAUCAUGAUAUCGCAGCUAAAGCUCAGGCAGUCGCCAGAGCAUCCAUAAACGGAGGUACAACUCACAGGCAGCCCAAUGGCUACAUGACCCCCACAGCAGAAAACCCAGAAUACCUGGGCUUAGCAGAGACAUGGAGUGGUCAAAUGGAGUAUACUUGAGAGGAAUCAUUCGGUACAGUUUGUGUGCAAGCGUGUGGAGAUGAAUGUAUUGGUGAGGUUGUGUGCGUGAGCGAACGAGUGAUGUAUUUUGUGAAGGACGUUCCUAUUGGGAAUGGAUUCUAAUGGCUUUCUAUUAAAUUGCAACAAAAACCUAUGUAGCAUUCUGUGGAGUUUAAACUUGAAGAUGGAUGCAUUUUCAGUCUUUGCCAACAAUCAGCUUUUUUUGCAUCUGACAAAAACAUGGUACGUUUUUCAAGACUGCUUGGAUGUUAACACUGGAUGGUGUCUGUGGAUAUAUGUAAUACACUAAGGAUUUUCAUUUGAAUUUUUACUUUUGUUCAUCUCACAAAUUUUUUUUUUGGAGGUUCAAUUCAAUUCCAAGCCAGGGCCAUACACACUGCUUUACAGAGCGCUUGUGUGAGAGCUGGACACAAUCAAAGCUGCUCUGUUCUGUGUGUAAAGGCCCUGGGUGAGCAGCUACAGUGCCAGUGAAUGAAAGACUGACAUUAUUGCCGUACGAAACGGGUGUGGUGCGUUUAGCCAUGCAUCUGGCUCUGAAGAUUCAUCAACAUUUCUCAUCUGUGGCAUAUCCAGGUUUUCACAUAUGUUUGGGUAUUUUUUUUUUUUUUUUAAUUCCUUACAUUUGAGCAGUGACUAUCUUCAAUAUAGGAUGGGUAACCGUUUUACAGAUGUAUGUAGAGCAAAAGGUGAAUCUCAAAUAUUGUCCAGGUCAUAUUGCCUCCUAAAUUGAAAUAUUGCGCAUAAAUAAAUUCUAAUUCCUGUUAAGAUUUUUAAUUAACCACAUUACCUCCUCAAAAGUGGUCAAAAGAAACAUUCUUUUCAUCAAAAAUCAUGGAAAAAUGUAUCACAGUUUCCACAAAAAUAUUAAUAUUAAACAUUGAUCAUAAUAAGAAAUGUUUCUUGAGCAACAAGUCAGCAGUGUUUGGGAAAGAUACUUUUAAAAGUAAUGCAUUACAAUAUUGCGUUACUCCCUAAAAAAAAAGUAAGUAAUUUUGUUACUUAUUUGCUUCCUGUGAAAAGUAAUGCGUUACAUUACUUUUGCAUACGUUUUCUCACCUGGGUUGCUGUUUUUUUUUUUUUUAAUAACAACAAAAACAUUCUUUUUUUGACAAAUGUAAAGGCCUUUUCACACCAAAAGUGAAAUAAAUAAGCCUCAGGCUGAAGGAAGUGCAAAUUCAUGCCUGUGCAGUAGAGGGCGCAGCUCAAAUAAACCUUUCACCUUUGCUGUCAUUCUGGACUGCAGAAUAAAAUGACGCAGGAGAAGAAAGUUCAACAUUCUUAUUUCAGCAAUAAAGUGAGUUUAAAUACAAAGUUAUUUGUUUAAUUUAAUAUAUUUAACUAAUUGCAGGUUUGUGCAAUAUUCUGAGAUUGCAUUUCACUGUUUUUAUUCAUUUUGAAGAAUACUGAUUCUCUUUUUGUGCAAGUGAGAUGAGUAAAUGCCUGCUCACAUUUAUGCUACGUGCUCUCGGAAUUAUCGUAAAUACGAGUUUCCUCGGUAAAAUUUGCAGAUGAACGCCCUCCCAUUUCGAAACUUGAAUGCAAUGAACUCGUAAUCAUGACUUCAGAAGUGGAAUUAUCAAAUUUCUGAUAGCACGUGAAGGCAGCAUUAUUCUAGAACUACAAUAACCAUCAUAUUCACACAUAUGUCGUUACUUAUUUGAAAAAGUAACUUAGAUAUUUUUUUGUAAAUUAAAAGUUUUGCAAUUACUUUACUAGUCACUUGAAAAAAGUAAUCCGAUUACAUAACUCACGUUACUUUUAAUGCGUUGCGUUACCCCAACACUGCAAAUCAUCAUAUUAGAAUGAUUUCUGAAGGAUCACGUGACCUUGAAGACUGGAGUAAGCAUCACAGGAAUAAAUUACAUAAAAAAAUUAUUCAAAUAGAAAACAGUUCUUUUAAAUUGUUAAA